AUGCAUACGUUCUUCAAGUCACCCUUCUUCAACUUCGAGUUUCUGCGACUUCUCGCGAUGGCCCCUUUCGAGGGCGGCGAGAUCGCAGAAAUUCUCGAGGCAGUGGGGAAGAUCACCGACCUGGAUCCCGAGAGCUGGUACGAGGCCUGGAGUGACGCCGGUACCAAGGCUGAGAGAAUUGCCCAAGAGGGAGAAGCUUCGGGUGACCAGGUGGCUGCCCGUCGUGGGUACCUUCGAGCAUCCAACUACCUACGCGCCGCACAAUUCAUGCUCAAUGAGGGCCCUAUCGGUUACGACAAGCGCGUAUUGCCUACUAUCGAGCGUGCAAUUGGUGACUUCCGUAAGGGUGUUCAACUUCUUGACGGGCCAGUUUACUUCCUCGAGAUAGAGUACGAGGGAGGCGUAAAACUGCCAGGCUAUCUAUAUUUGCCCCCCACAAACAAACGCCUCCCUAAUGGCAAGACGCCUAUCCUUGUAAAUUCUGGCGGCGGCGACUCUACACAGGAGGAGAUCUACUUUAUCAACGCGUCUGUGGGUCCAAGUCUAGGGUACGCAGUUCUUACCUUCGACGGCCCGGGACAAGGGAUUGUAUUACGGCGUGACAAGUUACCUAUGCGUCCCGAUUGGGAGGUCGUUUUGGGUAAGGUACUUGACCAUCUUUGGGACUUUGCUGCGCAGCAUCCAGAGGCCAAUCUGGAUUUGGACCACGUAGCCAUCACGGGAGCAUCAAUGGGCGGGUACUAUGCAUUGCGUGGGGCCGUCGAUCCUCGCAUUACGGCAUGUAUUAGCGUCGACGGCUUCUACUCAAUGGAGAGCUUCGCUGAAGGCCGGGUGCCUGCGUGGCUGUGGCGGGCUUUCCGGGGCGGCUACAUUUCAAAGGCAUUGUUCAAUACCGUAGUCGGAGUCACAUCGGCCCUCAACUUCCAACCGCGCUGGGAGUUCAAUCACAUGAAGUGGGCGCUGGGUCGCGAUAACGAGCAUGACGUGAUACGCCGCAUGCUUGACUUCUCUCUGCGUCGUCCGGACGGGUCUGAGGUGCUACACGAUGUGAAAUGUCCUGUGCUCGUCACCGGCGCUGGCUCGUCCUUCUAUUUUGACCCAAGCACCACGACACGCAGGAUCACCGACAAGCUUGUGCAUCUGAAGGAAGAGGAUAAGGAGGAGUGGAUCGCUACGGACGUGGCUUUUGGUGGGUUACAAGCUAAGAUCGGAGCAUUUGGAUACUCAAUGCAACGUACUUUUUCAUGGCUUGACAAGAUCUGGAAAAUUCACAGGGAGCCUCUUGGACCUUUGGGCGCAGCAUCUAUGGUUAUAAUCGGCAAUUGA